GGAGUUUGUCUGGGCGUAUUUCUCGAGAAAUGCAACUGCCAUGCUUGCAUCCCCAACAUCGAAUGCGAGGAUGAUUCCGAUUGUGGAGGAUUGCGAGGUGCAUGUCAAGAUGACAUCUGCAGAUGUGCUAAGGCUCUUGCCACACAUGGGUUCACAUACUAUAUCGAUGCUUUGACAAAAUUCUGCUCACAACGAUCAUGUACAGAAACAAGUGAUUCGUGCUUCGGGUUGCCAUGCGGUCGUGGGAUUUGUUCAUGUAGAAAAUAA